ACUGUUCCAAUAUUUAUUAUCAAUACACAUCGGCGUUUCGAAAUUUGAUCAAGAAAUUUGCGGCUUGCGUUGCUCUUCAAAUCGAGCUUUAGGUUCCCUGGUAGUAUAAAUGUCUUCAACCACGACCACGUAACAUCGAUUUGAAAAUGAUCUCGUCGCGAACCAGAUCCCUGACCAUCCUCUUGUUCUGUAUUUAUCACAUUUCUCUGGUCAACUCCAUUGAGCUGACGUUCGAACUAGAGGACAAAGCAAAAGACUGUUAUUAUGAAAACAUCGAAAAGAACACGUCAUCCACGUUGGAAUAUCAGGUGGUCACUGGUGGCCAGUACGACGUGGAUGUUAUAAUUGAAUCGCCGACGAAAGAAAUCAUAUAUCGGCAAGUGAAGUCUCAGUUUGACAGCCACACGUUUGUGGCGUCUGUCAGUGGUGCAUACGCCAUAUGCUUCAGUAAUGAAUUUUCUACAUUUUCCCAUAAACUUGUUUACAUGGACUUGCAAGUGGGUGAUGAAGAACAACUGCCGGGCAUCAGCGAACACAUUACCGUCAUGACUCAGAUGGAGUCGACGUCUCAAGAGAUUCAUGAGUCCCUAAACAAAAUAAUCGACUACCAGACCCACCACAGGCUAAAAGAAGCCCAGAGUCGUAAGCGGGCCGAAGAUUUAAAUCAUCAUGUUACACUGUGGUCAGCUACUGAAACUGCUGCUAUAUUAUUCGUAGCUAUCAUGCAAGUAUUUAUGCUUAAACGGUUCUUUACAGAAAAAACCCCAUCGCAAAUGCAGUAUAAAUCAAUGUAUUAGUAUAUUAUUAAAAGUUGAACCAUUCAUUUGUAUUGUACAUUAUUUACCAUUUUUAAUAAUAAAAUAUUAUAUUUAUUUUCUGAGUUUUUCAAGUACACUGUUCAAAUAAGUGUAGUAAAAAAACUAAAUUAUAUGUAAUUUUUUUUUUGUUUUCAAUUUAAAAUUUUAAUCUCGACUAUUUAAUCUGUAAUGUAUAUAUUAGAUUAAUAAAUUAUCAGUUCAAUUAAAUUAAAAGAUUU